CAGAAGAAUUGUGCCUUGAUGUUUGAUGUUUGAACGAUGGCAAUGAACGACAGCGUGAAUAUCUUGAACUCUGCUUACCUGGCAGUGGAGUACAUAGACUCGUUCUUGCCAGAUAACCCCCUGCAGCAGCCAUUUAAAAAUGCUUGGAACUACAUGCUGGAUAACUACACCAAGUUCCAGAUUGCCACCUGGGGAUCGCUCUUAGUUCAUGAAGCUUCAUACUUCCUGCUCUGCGUGCCAGGAUUUGUCUUCCAGUUUAUUCCGUACAUGCAAAAGUACAAAAUUCAACAGGAUAAACCAGAAACAUGGGAAAAGCAGUGGAAAUGUUUCAAAACACUCCUCUUCAAUCACUUUUUCAUUCAGCUGCCUCUGAUUUGUGGUACCUAUUACUUCACAGAAUAUUUUAACAUUCCUUAUGAGUGGGAAGAAAUGCCUAGAUGGUACAUUCUGCUUGCCCAGUGUUUCGGAUGUGCAGUCAUCGAGGACGCCUGGCACUAUUUCCUGCAUAGGUUGUUGCAUCACAAGAGAAUAUACAAGUACAUCCACAAGGUUCACCAUGAGUUUGUGGCUCCCUUCGGAAUGCAAGCAGAGUAUGCACAUCCUCUGGAAACGCUUAUCCUUGGAACCGGCUUUUUUAUUGGAAUUGUUGUUUUCUGUAACCAUAUGGUUCUACUGUGGGCAUGGGUAAUAUGUCGCCUGAUGGAAACCAUUGACGUGCACAGUGGCUAUGACGUUCCUCUGAACCCUCUUCACUUGGUGCCUUUCUACGCUGGGGCCCGCUUUCACGAUUUCCAUCACAUGAACUUUAUUGGCAAUUACGCUUCAACCUUCACGUGGUGGGACAGGAUCUUUGGUACAGACUCUCAAUUCAUUGCCUAUAAAGAAAAAGAGAAGAAACAGCAGCUCCUAAAGAAAAAGAAGGCUAACUAAGCUUCCAGUGCAAACCUACUGAUGCUAAUACUGGCAUUCUACUUUUGCUUUCCUUUAAAGCAAAAUGAUGGUCGGGUAUUAAGCACAAAUCUUGUUCCUUGGCUACUAAGUGGUAGGGAAAAACUGCUAAUUACACUGCAGUAUCUUCCUAAUGGGAAUGCUUUCUAUUUUAUACAUAAGUACUGCAUAUGGAUGUUAACUAAAGACUUAAAGAUGAUCCAGAAAAUCUUAGAUCGCUUGGGUCCACUUGUGUGCAGGAAUUUUAUUCAAUGGUAUCUUUAAUAUUGCCCACUUUGGAUCUAGGUUAAAAUUAAAAUGUCCACCAAAA